UUACCAGCAAGUUAAACAUCCCCCUAGAUUGUAGGGAUGGAGCACAGCUAUGGCCCCUCCACUGUGGAUGCUGCUCCAUUAGUGAUGUGUACAUGUUGUAGUUGAAGCCAUGAGUGCCUGACUGAGGCUUAUAAGGUGGGGGUGGAGCCAGGGUGUGAAUGGAGCUAGAUGUGUGGAGGUGGAGCUGUGGAGUGGGUGGGGCUAGUGCUGGGGGUGGGGCCUAUGCAGUGACUGCCCAGUUGCCUGGUGCCCAUUGUUGUGGGUGUGUCUGAGCAGUACCGGUGCCAUAUAGCAGCCCAGGUGGGACGAGUGGGAGUGAUCAGAGUCCCAUGGCUAACUCUACUGUACCUCCCUCACUGGCCUGUGGCCUUAUCAAUGCUGCCAACCGGUACUUGAGCGCUGAGCCCUUCCGCUUCCAGGUGGUGGCCACGGGCUUGGGGCUGCGGCUCCGCCAGGUCUGGAUGCUGCUCUUCGUGCCCUCAGAGGGAGCUGGGGCGGCCGGGCAGGCUGAGGAGAGUGGGCAGAGGCUUCAUCUGCUCAGCUCCCUGCAGCGCUUCCUGGCGGCCGAUCCCAACGGUAAAGUCACCUGUGACCAGGAGACCCCGGGCCCGGGUGCCCUCUUCUGGCUGCAGCAGUACCCAGAUGGCAAGGUGUCCCUGCAGUGCGAGCUCUCCCAGCGCUACCUGGGCGGGGCUGAGGACAACGUCACCUGCUUUGCCCAGACCGUGAGCGAGGGCGAGAAGUGGAGCCUGCAGCUGGCCCAGCACCCCAACGGGCACAUGCUGAACCCUGGCAAGCAGCGCUACGUGCGCUGCGACCAGCAGACCGGGCACAUGCGCUGCGACCGCGAUCUGCCCUGGGGGCCCGAGGCUGUCAUCACCCUCCACUUUGACCUCAAAGAGAAGAAGUACGGGCUGCGGAGCGGAGCUGGGAGCCUCCUGGCUGCCGACGGCUCGUUGCAGGCCGAGCUGUCCCCUCAGACGCUCUACUCCCUGGAGCUCCGGGGAGGCCUGCUGGCCCUGCGGGAUGCGGACGGCAGGUACCUGACUGGGCGCGAGGGCACCGUCAAGACCUUCAAGACGGACAAGCCGGGGCGCGAUGAGCUCUUUGCUCUGGAGCCCAGCGCUGCACAGGUCUCACUGCGCACCUUCGCUGGGGGCCGCUUUGUCUGCUGCAGGCCAGGGGCUGACAUCUAUGCCAACGCCAUGUCCGUCGGCAACACAGAGAUUUUCCAGCUGCUGCUGAACGAUGUCACCAAACAGGCCUGCUUUCGCAGCUCCUCCGGCACCUACCUCGCUGCAGGCCCCAAGGACUCUGUGGUGAGCACCAGCACCCAGGACAAGGGGGUCUGGUUCUCACUCCAGUACCGGGAGCAGAGGGUGACCCUGCGAAUGGCUGACGGCAGACACAUGGCCACCAGGCCGAAUGGGCAGCUGCUGCUGGUGCCCGAGGCGGCAGGCAAGGAGGAGUUCCUGCUGCUGCUGGUGAACCGGCCCCUGCUGAUUCUGCAGAGCGAGGCUGGCUUUGUGGGGCUGUUCCCCGGGACGCAGCGCCUGGAUGGAAACCGACCAGUCUAUGAUGCCAGCGCCCUGACGCUCGGCGAGGACGGCUUCUGCCACUUCAGAGUCGCCAACAAGUACUGGAGCCUGGACCAGGAUGGGCUGGUCAUGGCGAGUGGAGACCACCCCAGCAACUUCAUUCUCCAGUUCGUCUCCUCCAGCUGCCUUGUGCUGAAGGCUCCCAACAGCAAGUACCUGGUGGCGGAGGCGGGGGGCCGCCUGUGGGCAGGGGCCUCAAAUGCAGCCUCUGCCACACCCUUCCGCUACUGAGGGUCUCUAGCUCCUGAAAUAAACUUCUCUUCUGCUGUCCAA